CUGAUUCCGCUACUUCAUCGUAGUGUAAGGGUGCCAACGGGUCAGGAAGGCUAUGCCAGCGGAUCUCCGGCAGGUCCAACCAAGCCGGACAGUCUUCCUGGGUACAAGGGCUGGCAACUUGAACACAACUACCGCAAAAAGUUGCCAAAAAACCGAGAAAUGAAAGAAAUGGGCAGGAUUCACGAAGAUUGGAGAACGGGCCGGGUGGACAACGAUUUAAGUCUAACGAAAGGGUUGAACGGAAACCAGGUGUUCUUGGGCGGAGCUAGUGACAAAGAAUCGAGGGUAAGUGGAGUUGGAUUCAUCGCGAAGAAACAAAUAACAAAUCUCAUCGAGAGCUGCGACAUUCUCCCACCAAGAACGGCAGUGUUAGUCUUAUGUAUCGAUAAAAACAGAACAUUAAAAAUCGCACAGGUAUAUGCCCCAGCUACAAAUAAUGCACAACCCACAGAAGACGCAGAGGAAGAUCUGGAAGAAUUUUUCGAAGAAGUAGAAAGAGCUAUGAAUAAAAAAUCGUACGGGGUUGGUAACAGAAGCCAAAUUGCACUUUUAAAGCGAUGCGGUUAG